AUGAAAAAAACUUUAUACGUUUGCGUGUAUUACUUUGUUAAAAUAUUAGGUUUGUGCCCAUUUACUCGGAAAAAAGGUAGAUUCGUAAAAGUAUCUCACGUGGGAAUGUCUUACAACGUAUUAAUAACCAUACUGUACUCUAGAGCUUUUGUCAAAGCCAUUCAAAAUCGGCACAGCAUCAGACUAUCUCAAGAGACACCUUUGGCAGUUAUCAUUGAUACCUUUACACACGUACUGUCUUACUCAACCAUAGUAUCGUCGUGGCUGGUAUGUGCCUUUCGUCAAAAAAUUUUUAUCAAAGUCUUCCAGUCGUUCAAAAACGUGGAAAAUCUAGAAAAUGAUCUGUUACCUUCGAUGCAUUGCUCGAAGAAUGGCUUAGAAGAGAACUUGAAAGAGUUUCGUGCACGUUUUAUUGUUGUAAAUUUAAUAUGUAUCAUCUUCACCGGCAGUACUGUAGUUAUAAUCUCGAUGUGCGAGGAUAUGAAAAAUCAGUCCUGGUUUUGGUUCAUUUACAAUAUUCCAAUCAACGUGACUUUCAACGUCGCAUUUAUUCUGACGGAAUUCAUGAGAUGUCUUCGAAAACAUUACAAAAUUAUAAAUAGAGAAGCAUCAAAGUUAGCCCGAAGUAGAAAAAGGAGUUUUGCUCGCAUGCCUAUGGCGUUUUCUAAAAAACUUCAAACCAUUGGCCGCAUCCAUUCUGACUUGACUGAACUUGGCGAAACCGUCGUAAAGCUCUUCAGCUUACCUGUACUCAUGACAGUGCACGGACAUAGCGCUAAUAUAAUUCUAGCUAUUCACGGACUGUAUCGUAUUUUGAAAAGCGACCAAAGCAUGGGAGGACCUUGUGUCUUAUAUGCUCCUACAGUUAAAUUUAUGAUUUACAGCAUUAUUAUUUUUUUUAUAUGCAGCAUACCGGUGUCCACUUGUAAUGAGGCUGAUAAAACUUUGAGGAUUAUUGGACAAAUUCCAUACGAAUGGCACGAAGAAGAAAUGCAUAACAAAAUGAUAAAGAAUCUGAUGUUUCAAUUAUAUCAAAAAAGACUGCAAGUAUCGAUUUUCGGAUUUUUUAAUUUGGAUUACAGUUUAUUUAGAAAUGUUUGGAUUGUAAUCAUCAUGUAUCUUAUUUUUGUGUUACAACUUGAUCCAAGCUCCUUCAUUUUUGCGAUACUCAAAUGA